CGGCGAUCCCGGCGGAGGGGGCCGUUCGCCAGCUCCGAGGCAGAAAGUGCCACGACUCCACACGCGCGCACGCAGCCAGCGAGCGGCCGGAGCGGACGGCGGACGGGGCGGACGGCACUGGGGUCGCGGUGUGUGCAGCUGCUCAGGGGCGGCUUCUCGGCGGAGGCUCGGCCGGCUCCUCUCUCGCGGUUCCGCGGCGGCGGCGGCGGCGGCGGCUGCUCUUGCCCUCUCGCUCUCCCUCUCGCGUCUCCCGCUGCAGGUGGAAAGCAAGCCAGCCAAGAUGGAUAUCUACGACACUCAGACCUUGGGGGUUGUGGUCUUUGGCGGGUUUAUGGUUGUUUCUGCCAUUGGCAUCUUCCUGGUGUCAACCUUCUCCAUGAAGGAGACGUCGUAUGAAGAAGCCCUUGCCAACCAGCGCAAGGAGAUGGCGAAAACUCACCACCAGAAAGGAGAGAAGAAAAAGAAGGAGAAAACUGUGGAGAAGAAAGGAAAGACCAAGAAAAAGGAAGAGAAACCGAAUGGGAAGAUACCUGACCAUGACCUGGAUCCCAACGUGACCAUCAUCCUCAAGGAACCAGUGCGCAUACCUGCAAUGGCUGUGGCUCCAACUUCAGUCCAUUCCUCUACGAUCCAUACCCCUGUAGCCACAGUCCCAGCCAUGCCUCAAGAAAAGCUGGCUUCCUCUCCUAAGGACAGAAAGAAGAAGGAGAAAAAAGUGGCAAAGGUGGAGCCAGCAGUCAGUUCUAUUGUGAAUUCCAUCCAGGUCCUUGCUUCAAAGUCUGCCAUCUUGGAAGCCACACCCAAAGAGGUGCCUAUGGUGGCUGUGCCCCCAGUGGGCUCUAAGGCCAGUGGUUCUGCCACCAGCAGUCAGGGCAAGAAGGGGGAGGGAGCCCAGAACCAGGCCAAGAAGGGGGAUGGGACCCAGAGCCAAGCUAAAAAGGGAGAUGGGGCCCAGAACCAAGCCAAGAAGGGGGAGGGGGCCCAGAACCAAGCCAAGAAGGGGGAGGGGGCCCAGAACCAAGCCAAGAAGGGGGAGGGGGCCCAGAACCAAGCCAAGAAGGGGGAGGGGGCCCAGAACCAAGCCAAGAAGGGGGAGGGGGCCCAGAACCAAACUAAGAAGGGGGAAGGGGCCCAGAACCAAGCCAAGAAGGGGGAAGGAGCCCAGAACCAGGCCAAGAAGGGGGGAGAAGGGGCCCAAAAUCAGGGCAAAAAGGGGGAAACCAACCAAAACCAGGCUAAGAAAGGCGAGGGAGGCCAGAACCAAGCCAAGAAGGGGGAAGGGACUCAGAACCAGACCAAGAAGGGGGAAGGACCCCAGAACCAGGGCAAAAAAAUGGAAGGAGUCCAGAACCAAGGCAAGAAGACAGAUGGAACCCCAAACCAAGGCAAGAAAGGAGAAGGGGCCCAAAACCAGGCCAAAAAGUUAGAAGGCUCUCCUAACCAAGGAAAAAAAGCAGAGGGGGCCCAGGCCCAGAACCAAGGCAAGAAAGGAGAAGGAGCACAGAAUCAGGGCAAGAAAGGAGAAGGAGCCCAGAACCAGAGUAAGAAAGGGGAAGGAGCCCAGAACCAGGGCAAGAAAGGAGAAGGAGCCCAGAACCAGGGCAAGAAAGGAGAAGGAGCCCAGAACCAGGGCAAGAAAGGAGAAGGAGCCCAGAACCAGGGCAAGAAAGGAGAAGGAGCCCAGAACCAGGGCAAGAAAGGGGAAGGGGCUCAGAACCAGGGUAAGAAAGGAGAGGGGGCUCAGAACCAGGGUAAGAAUGGAGAAGGAGCGCAGAACCAAGGAAAGAAAGGAGAAGGAACACAGAACCAGGGUAAGAAAGGAGAAGGAGCCCAGAACCAGGGCAAGAAAGGAGAAGGAGCCCAGAACCAGGGCAAGAAAGGAGAAGGAGCCCAGAACCAGGGCAAGAAAGAAGGAGCCCAGAACCAGGGCAAGAAAGGAGAAGGAGCCCAGAACCAAGGCAAGAAAGGGGAAGGGUCUCCUAACCAGAGCACAAAAGUUGAGGGUAUACAAAACCAGGGCAAAAAAGCAGAAGGAACCCCAAACCAAGGCAAGAAGAUAGAGGGGGCCCAGAACCAGGGUAAAAAGGGGGAAGGGGCCCAGAAUCAGACCAAGAAGGGGGAAGGGGCCCAAAACCAGGGCAAGAAAGGGGAGGGGACCCAGAAUCAGGGCAAAAAGGGGGAUGGAAAUCCUAACCAAGGCAAGAAAGGGGAAGGGGCUCCCAACCAGAAUAGAAAGACAGAUGCAGUUGCUAAUCAAGGCACAAAGACAGAAGGUAUCUCAAGUCAGGGGAAGAAGACAGAGGGGUCCCCCAACCAGGGCAAAAAGGCAGAAGGAGCCCCAAACCAAGGCAAAAAGGUAGAAGAGUCUCCCAACCAGGGCAAAAAGGUGGACACAGCUACCAAUCAGGGUAAAAAGUCAGAAUCAGCUCCUGCCCAGGGUAAAAAUACAGGAAUGGUCCAGAGCCAGGAGGCAGCAAAGCAAGAGGCGCCUGCAAAAAAGAAGUCUGGUUCAAAGAGAAAAGGCGAGCCUGGACCCUCAGAUUGUGACAGCCCCCUCUUCCUACCCUACAAGACAUUGGUCUCCACAGUUGGAAGCAUGGUGUUCAGUGAAGGCGAGGCCCAGCGGCUUAUUGAGAUCCUCUCUGAGAAGACUGGAGUUACUCAGGACACUUGGCAUAAGGCCACUCAGAAGGGUGACCCUGUAGCAAUUCUGAAACGCCAACUAGAAGAGAAAGAAAAGCUACUAGCUACAGAGCAAGAAGAUGCAGCUGUCGCCAAGAGCAAACUAAGGGAACUUAACAAGGAGAUGGCUUCAGAGAAGGCCAAAGCUGCAGCUGGGGAGGCCAAGGUGAAGAAGCAGUUGGUAGCCCGGGAGCAGGAGAUCGCAGCUGUGCAGGCACGAAUGCAAGCCAGCUACCGGGACCACAUGAAGGAGGUGCAGCAGCUGCAGGGCAAGAUCCGCACUCUUCAGGAGCAGCUGGAGAAUGGCCCCAACACCCAGCUGGCCCGCCUACAGCAGGAGAACUCCAUCUUGAGGGAUGCCUUAAACCAGGCUACCAGCCAGGUAGAAAGCAAGCAGAACACAGAACUGGCAAAGCUCCGACAGGAGCUUAGCAAGGUCAACAAGGAGCUAGUGGAGAAGUCCGAGGCCUCCCGGCAGGAGGAGCAGCAGCGGAAAGCUCUGGAAGCCAAGGCAGCCACCUUGGAGAAGCAGCUCCUACAACUGCAGGCAUCCCAUAAAGAGAGUGAAGAGGCUCUGCAGAAGCGCCUUGAGGAGGUCACCCAGGAGCUGUGCCGGGCACAGACUAGCCAUGCCAGCCUCCGGGCAGAUGCUGAAAAGGCCCAGGAGCAGCAGCAGCGGGUGGCAGAACUGCACAGCAAAUUACAGUCUUCUGAGGUAGAGGUAAAAAGCAAGUGUGAGGAGCUGAGUAAUCUCCACGGGCAGCUCAAGGAGGCGAGGGCAGAGAACUCACAGCUCACGGAGAGGAUCCGUUCCAUCGAGACCCUUCUGGAAGCAGGCCAGGCCCAAAACACCCAGGCCAGCCAAGCUGAGGUGGACCAGCAGCAGACUCGUCUCAAGGAGCUGGAGUCACAGGUGUCGUGUCUGGAGAAGGAGACCAGUGAGCUCAAGGAGGCUAUGGAGCAGCAGAAAGGGAAGAACAAUGACCUCCGAGAAAAGAACUGGAAGGCCAUGGAGGCACUGGCCUUAGCUGAGCGGGCCUGCGAAGAGAAGCUGCUUUCUCUGACCCAAGCCAAGGAGGAAUCAGAAAAGCAGCUCCAUUUGGCUGAGGACCAGACCAAGGAGGUCCUGCUGGCCCUGCUCCCAGGCCUCUCCAUUUCCGCACACCAGAACUAUGCUGAAUGGCUGCGAGAAGUCCAAGAGAAGGGCUCUGAGCUGCUGAAGAAGCCACCUGCUGCCCUGGAGCCCUCUUUGGACAUAGUCUCUAAGUUGAGGGAGGCCGAAGAGACCCAGAACUCCUUGCAGGCUGAGUGUGACCAAUACCGCACCAUCCUGGCGGAGACGGAGGGUAUGCUCAAGGACCUGCAGAAGAGUGUGGAGGAGGAGGAGCGUGUGUGGAAGGCCAAGGUGGGGGCUGCCGAAGAGGAGCUCCGGAAGUCACGGGUUACAGUGAAACAUCUGGAGGACAUUGUAGAGAAGCUAAAAGGAGAACUGGAAAGCUCAGAUCAGGUGAGGGAGCACACUUCAUUUCUGGAAGCGGAGCUGGAGAAGCACAUGGCAGCUGCCAGUGCAGAGUGCCAGAAUUAUGCCAAGGAGGUGGCAGGGUUGAGGCAGCUUCUGUUAGACUCUCAGUCGCAGCUGGACGAAGCCAAGAGUGAAGCUCAGAAGCAAAGUGCUGAGCUUGCCCUGGUCAGGCAGCAGUUGAGUGACAUGAAGAGCCACGUAGAGGAUGGUGACGUGGCUGGGUCUCCAGCUGUCCCUCCAGCCGAGCAGGACCCUAUGAAGCUGAAAACACAGCUGGAGCGGACAGAGGCCAUCCUGGAGGAUGAGCAGACACGGCGGCAGAAGCUCACAGCCGAGUUUGAAGAGGCUCAGAGCACAGCCUGUCGGUUACAAGAAGAGCUGGAGAAGCUCCGUGCUGCUGGUCCCCUGGAGUCUUCAGGAACAGAAGAGGUCACACAGCUGAAGGAGAGACUAGAAAAAGAGAAGAGGUUAACAAGUGACCUAGGGCGUGCCGCCACCAAACUUCAAGAGCUUUUGAAGACGACUCAGGAGCAGCUGACUAAAGAGAAGGACACAGUGCAGAAGUUGCAAGAACAGCUGGAAAAAGCAGGCCCUACCAAUCCCUGCGUAUGCAUCCCCCAGCCCCUGGAGUCAGCUCUGGACCUCUAGACUGACAGCUUUGCUUUCUCUGAAGUGCCUGGAGGAGGAUGGGAGCAGCUCAAAGGAGGGAACCUCCGUCUGAUCUCCUCGGCAAACUGUUCAACUUACCAAAAUGCCUUACACAUUCCUUACAAAUAAACCAACCAACACAGCGUUAUCCAGGCCCAACUUCCAAUGAAGCCAUUGGAGACAAGUCUCAGAACCACAGAAAUAAAUCUUCCAGACCCCCAGUCUGUAAAAGGACCUUUGUCACAUUUGAUAAACACUAUUCCCGGGAGCAGCCCUGGACCACCUCAAGCAGACGCCAAAGCCCUCAUCAACGCUGACAGACUAGGGUGUGCUGGGAGUCCAGGCCGCUCGGGAUUUAUGUCAAUCAGUGCAAUUGUCUGUAUUUCUCAGUGGGGCCGGGCCGGGUCGGGAAGCAACAGGCCAGGUGGUGAGAUCUCAGAGGCUUGCUGAGCAGACUGGAGGGUCUCAGCCCAGCCCAGCUGCAGCCCCUCACCCCUGGAAGUUGCCAAGCAGAACUGACAUGUGACUGCCUGGAUGUCAAUGCCAUUAAAACCAACGUGUUGCCCGGCA